ACUAACCACACGCGGCUCAAUCACGACAUUUAUUCGGCGUCCACUAUGCAUCAUCUCAACACUCUCGGUGUAAGGACGUCCAAACACAGUCGAGCGUACUGUAAAUACUGUAUGUGCACCAUCCUCUCUAGCCUACAGGAUUCUCUCCGCAAAUAACAUGGGUUAAGAGGAGGAUGUCUGGAUAAUUCAUUUCAACACUUUGCAAGGAUGGGGACUCGGAUAUUGUUUUUUGACAGAGGCAUUUUGACAAAGACGAAGAGAGAAAUCAAAGAAGGGCUUUAAUAUCAUCCUUCUACUCUUUCAUUUCCUUUCCUUCUUUUCUUUUUGAGAGAUGAUCGCAGAGUUGGUGUGCAGCGCCGUGGCACUGCUCCUGUAUGUCAACACACUGGACGCCGAUUUCUGCUACGAUGACAGCUUUCCCUAGGGAGCCCUCUGUAUCAGCUCUCUGUCUCCAAAUCACACUCGACCCUGACACCUGCGCUACAGAGUGGAGGCCGUAACUUGUGGAGCUCAUAUCUGUGACGCCAUAAUCCCCACACCCAGAGCAGAGAUGGAGCAAAGAGUGGAUAGAUGCCAGGGCUGAGUUAUGGCCUCAUCUCCGUGGCCUGCUGUGAACCUGUCCAGAGGCCUGAUAGAUGAACUCGCAUGAGGAAUCGUCGUCAUUCACCUGAAAUUGAGGGCAAACCCAUUGCCGUUUCAAGUUCUCGCGGGCUGUAUUUAUUUGGGGUUUGUGGUUUUGGAAAGAGAAGGCUUUGAGUCGGAUGAAUGAGUUCCUAAAAUGGGUAAUUUUUCUUUUUUCCUUUCGCAUGUCGAGUAGAAUCAGAUACGUUUUGAGUACUUCCUCCACAAGUACUUAUAAAGACAGCAUGAAAUGGCAUUUGCAAUGCAUUCAUCUUCCAUAAUGUGACAGUCUUCAGAGUGUAGAAGAAUAUGGAGCUGAAAAUAAUGCAAUAUGGGAUUUGUCUGGACCGUGAAAAGUUAAUAUUUUUUCCCUUUCUUUGCAACCGCGGCUAUGUAAGGAGAAAUUAUAAAAUAUUUGUAAAUUUUGUGGAUGUGGAAACAAGAAGGGUUUGAAUUGGACGAAUAGAUAUACUUAUUUUUAAAUUCAUUUUUGAAGUCAAAUAGCAUUAGGUUUUGAGUACUUCAAGCAGCAUGAAAUUGCAUUCAUGAAUAAAACCGUUUUUAAUGUGUGUCUGUAUAUUUAUAAAAUUCUAAACAUAAAUAAAUAUACAUUUAUGUAUUUGCUUUCAUACAUUUGUUUAGAUUUUCAUGUAUUUUUCAUUAAAAAUGUGUAAAAAUAUGGUAAAAUGUACUGUAUAAUUUGAAGGACUUUUUCUGUAUUUAUUUAAGAUGUUUCACCAGUAUUUUGAAUUUUACAUGUUACUGUUUUAGAAUUAACGGAUAAUAAGCUGCCAGUACUUUUCCUGUUAUUUUACGGAUUGAUUGAUUUAUAUAUAAUAAAAACAUUAACUAUUUCAUAAUGUGAUUAAAUGGGUUGUUAACAGUUCAUAAUGCCUUUAAGAAUGUGAGUACUGUAAAUUCUGCUUCUAUAAUGCCUUAAAAUAUGUUUCGCAAGGAUGUUUCAAAGCAGCAUCUCUUUGGUGCUUUUAGCUUUACACUGUAAGAACUGGAUGUCAUAUUAAACCUCCCCACUGACUCUUCUCCAUUAAGCAAUUUUCCGAGUGGUUCUGCUGGUAGUUUAGUUUCCAAGCCUGUUUAGCUGAGGCUGCAGGGAUGAGCUGGUGUGUGCUUUAAAUAGCCUGCGCUGUUGGUUUGGGUUUUGUGGUGCUGUCUGGCUCUGUUCUCCUCAGGCGCUGCUGGAGUGUCCACCCUGUGGAUCCGACCGCACACUUUGGCUCUGUGGUGAUGUCGAGAACCAAGGGCGGCAACCCAGACUCGGAGCAUCUCUCUCCUCAAUCCGUCCAUCCCAGCGGUACCCUCCGUGCUAUCAAGACCAACCAGGACCUUCUUCCUGAAACGCCUUGGAUCAACAUUUUCUACGAUGACUUCUGGGGGACACUUCUCACCCACAGCGGUAGCCACAAGUCCUACCGCCCACUCUGCACGCUCUCCUUUCGACUCAACUACGCCCUGGGUGGCUUAGAUCCCUGGGGUUACCACCUGGUCAAUGUGGUUCUACACUGCACCACGACCGCCCUGUUCUCUAGUCUCUCAAGCCUGCUGUUGGGGUCAGGUUGCUGGAGCCUGCUGGCCGGGCUUCUCUUUGCCGCUCACCCCAUCCACACCGAGGCUGUGGCGGGCAUCGUGGGCCGGGCUGACGUAGGAGCCGCCCUCUUCUUCCUCCUGGCCAUGCGCUGCUACAUACGCCACUGCUCCCUGAGGACGAGCGGUGCCCAUGGACAGAGCUGGACGUGGUUCUUGGGCACGUUGGCGUGUGCUUCCUGUAGCAUGCUUUGGAAGGAACAAGGCGUGACCGUGCUGGCUGUGGCUGGCAUGUACGACGUGUUUGUCUUCAACAGGUUGAAGCUGCAGCAGGUUCCUGCGCUCUUCCAGAAGAAGAAGAACCUGCACCUGCUGUUGAGCGUGUUUCUGCUGGGCUUCUGGGGAGUCAUCCUUUUGGCUUGCCGUCUUUACUGGAUGGGAAACAAACCUCCGAACUUCUCCAACUCGGACAACCCUGCAGCAGACUGUCCUUGUUUCCUAACUAGGACACUAACAUUCUUUUUCCUCCCUGCCAUGAACGUUUGGCUCCUCCUGUGCCCUGACAUGCUAAGUUUUGAUUGGUCAAUGGAUGCUCUGCCUCUUGUGAGGAGCCUUGCAGAUUGGCGAAACCUCCACACCGUGGCCUUCUACACCUCGCUUCUAGCGCUGACAUGGUUCGGGCUUUGCCAUUACCCAACCAAAAGCAAGGAGACCAACGGGAAAGCACAUCAUGUAGCAAACGGGAAGUCCACAAACGGACACAGUUGUAGCUCUGAUUAUGAACACUCAACUUUUUACUCAAACUCAGUGCAGAUGAAUGGAACAAAUGGCACUGCAAAACACUAUUCAUCAUCUUUACCCACCACAGAGAGUUUGGUGGUCUUCUCAUUGGGUCUGCUGGCCGUUCCCUUCAUCCCUGCCACCAACCUAUUCUUCUACGUAGGCUUCGUGGUGGCGGAGCGAGUACUGUACAUCCCUAGUAUGGGCUUCUGCCUGUUGGUAGCAGUGGGGAUGAGAGCUUUAUAUGUCAGAUUGAGGAGGAAGUCCUCCAGAACUUUGGUGCUAGGCUGCUCAGCGGCCCUGGUUCUUCUUUUUGGGAUUAAGACGGUGUUGAGGAACCGUGACUGGCAGAAUGAGGAGAUGCUAUACAAGUCAGGGAUAUCUGUGAACCCUGCUAAAGCUUGGGGUAACUUAGGAAAUGUUCUCAAGAACCAGGGAAAGGUGGUGGAGGCCGAGCAAGCCUACAGGAACGCUCUGUACUACCGGAGGAACAUGGCGGACAUGUUGUAUAACCUGGGUCUGUUGCUCCAGGAAAAUAACAGAUUCUCAGAAGCCCUCCACUACUAUAAGCUGGCCAUUGGGAGCAGGCCAACGCUGGCUUCCGCCUACUUGAACACAGGGAUUGUCCUGAUGAACCAGGGCCGCCUAGAAGAGGCCAAGCGCACUUUUGUCACUUGUGCCGAUAUCCCAGAUGAAAACCUGAAGGAUCCUCAUGCACACAAGAGCUCAGUCACCAGCUGCCUGUAUAACCUGGGAAAGCUUCUUCAUGAGCAGGGCCACCAGGAGGAGGCCAUAUCUGUAUAUAAAGAAGCGAUACAGAAGAUGCCCAGGCAGUUUGCCCCACAGAGCCUUUAUAAUAUGAUGGGAGAGGCCUACAUGAGGCUGAACAAACUGACGGAGGCAGAACACUGGUAUAAGGAAUCCCUCCGAGCCAAACCAGACCAUAUACCUGCUCACCUCACUUACGGCAAGCUCCUGGCAAUGACGGGUCAGAAAACGGAAGCGGAGAAGUUCUUUCUCAAGGCGAUAGAGCUCGAUCCCACUAAAGGAAACUGCUAUAUGCAUUAUGGUCAGUUUUUGCUGGAGGAUUCACGGCUUUUGGAGGCCGCUGAAAUGGCAGAGAAAGCCGCCCAGUUGGACAGUGAAGAAUUUGAUGUGGUUUUCAGUGCAGCUCACAUGCUCAGGCAAGCCAGCCUCAAUGAUGCUGCUGAGAAGUACUACAGACAAGCAGCCAACCUGAGACCCAAUUAUCCCGCAGCCCUCAUGAACCUCGGAGCCAUUCUCCAUCUCAACGGCAAACUCCAAGAAGCGGAGGCCAAUUAUCUGCGAGCCUUGCAGCUGAAGCCGGAUGAUACCAUCACUCAGUCCAACCUGCGGAAGUUGUGGAACAUCAUGGAAAAACAGGGCUUGAGGACCAUGGCUCCUUGAUUUGAUGGAGCACCUUCACUGAGGUUGUAAAGGAGAUGUUCUCUCUGAGCUCUCACUAAUGAGGUAAUCGACAUCCUAGGGCUUCAAUCCUGGGUUACCUCAUGGGACGCUUGAAUAUACAAGAGCGGCCACGUCUGGUAAAACCAAGACAUUCUGGAACAAUCUAGAACUGCGGAGUUUCCCAGACGUGUCGGGAGUUGUUAACUUGAAGUGGCCCAUAGAUACAUACUUGAAGUCUCAUGAUAAAUUAGAUUUUAAUUAGUUAGUCAAUGCUUAAUAGUCUUGAAGGGCAAUAUUUGCCCUGAGGCUGUAUGAAAUUGAGAAGGAAUGAGAGUGCUACAACCCCCAUGAGGCUAUACUCUGCAUGUACAGUACAUUUCUUCAUUCAUAUGAUUGGAAUCAUUAAUAUUUAAUGAGUACAUCAUGGCUGAUGGAAACACGGAAAAAAUCAUAUCAUCGAAACAUCAACAAAAUAAUGAGAUAAAUAGACCAAACACGUCAUAAACGUUUCUCACUGUAAAAAAAACAAACAUUCGGUGUGUCAAAAUGAUCGAUUUGUGAGGUUGUAGGCUUAAAUGACACUGUACAUAGGUGCACGGAUGAUAUGUGAAGUUUGCGGAAUUUACAGAAUUUAAUUUGCGGAAUGCAUUUACACGUUCCAUCAACGUUCCAUCAAUCCAGACAUGCCUGCCAACGACACUAGAUAAAUUCUGGGUUCAAGAAAUUGGAUCCAUUUGAUUAAUCUUGCCAAAAAUGACAGGAAAACAGGAAAGGAACAUUCGAUAAGCUAUAUAGCCUGAAGGAAAUGUUAGAAAUUGAAGUUGCAAGCUCUCUUUGCCUUACUUUGCGAAAAUCUGUUCUGUAACAGAAGGAUCCAGUGGGUUUUAUUUACUUGUUGCAUUAGUAAUAUAAAAUGGGGAUGGAAAAUGUUCACUUGUUAUUAAAUCACAUUCAGCAGUGUGUUAAUUCACAAUUACACAACCGUUCAAAAGUUUGGGGUCAAUAAGAUUUUUUUUUUUUUUUUGAAAAAUUAUUUUAUUCAGCAAGGAUGCAUUACAUUGAUUGAAAAUGACAGUAAAGACUUAAAUGAUUUCUUUAAAAAUAAAUGCUGUUCUUUCAAGCUUUCCAUUCAUCAAAGAGUCAUUAAAAAUGUAUCAUUGUUUUCAUAGAAAUAAAAUAUAUAUAACCGUUUUCAAGAUUUUUAAUAAGAAAUGCUUCUUGAGCACCAGAUUUCUGGAGUAAUGAUGCUGAAAAUUCAGCUUUACCAUCACAGAAAUAAAUUACAUUUAAAAAUACAUAAACAUGUAGAUUGGAAUUAAUUUAUUUUACAUUUUAAUAAUAUUUCACAAUAUUACUGUGUUUUUACUGUAUAUUUGAUCAAAUAAAUGCAGCCUUUGUGAGCACAGGAGAAAAAAAAAAAAAAAAAACAUAAAAUCCCAAACUUGGAAAGGUAGUGUUUAUUAGAUCUGAACGUUAGGAUUGUGGACAUUGAUUAGUUCUGCUGGCAUUGUCCUUUGACUGAAUUGGUUCAACAGGCCGGUAGUUUAACUGCAAAGCUUUGACUGGUAACUCCUAACCAAAAACAAAUCCUCUCACUUGUUGCACUCAUCUAACAAUAUACAGCCAUAGUUUUGUAAGGGAUUGUUUAUAUGUAAUGUUGGUUUAAUAUUUUUCUUGAGUGUAUAAAUGGAACCUAAUAUAUAAAAUGACACGUUACACAGUGUGAUGAUGUUGCUCAAACACGGAAAACAGUGAGCCAGAAUCAUUAUUCAAUUACUUGUUUAGAAUUGUUUAGUUCAUUCUGCAGUUACUUUGUUUCAUAAUUGUCUUUGUUUGUCCUUGUUUCUGAUUUACAACUUUGUAAAUGUAGUGAGUAGGAAUAAUUGGUGAUCCCACCAAUUUUUUUUACGAAGGAUGUUUUUGUGAUAUGAGCCUUUCUCACUAUCGCGUAAAAAAAAAAAUGAAGUGAAAAUUUUGACCCAAAAAAUGAAAUUCUGUUGUUUCUCACCCUCAAACCCUUUCUGUUGAACACAAGAAAAAAUGAGAAAUUAAGAAAAAUUCAAUUAUAAUGGAAACUUUCAAUCUUCAAAAACGACGAAAAGCACCAUAAGCUUUUAUUUUAUUUCAAGUAAUUCAUAGUGGUUUUUAUUUUAAGUUUAGGUUUCGGUUAACUAUAAUAAACCUGUCUGUCAUGUGCUGUAUUCCACAUUAUCUGAAGUUGCACUAUAGCUUUGUGUGAUAAAUUAGUAUAGAAAUGUCUUCUAAACAUCUUAUUUGAUGCUUUUGCAAAAUUCCAAUCCAAUCCUUUUCCAAAAUUCCAAUGAGCAACCAAAUGUAUUUGGAACGACAUGAGGGUGAAUAAAUAACAGAAUUUAAGUUUUUGGGUGAACGAUCCCUUUACAGCUCUAGCAAAUGUCACGUUGGACAGCUGAGUCAGUAUUAACUUAUUCCCUUUUGUGUUGUCUUGAUGAAGAAAAAAAAAAAAAAAAAAGGAAAAGAAAGAAAAAAAGCAGCUGGCUCUGUUAUAUGUCAAAAGUGUAUGAAAUAUUUCUGAUUCAAGAUGCCCUUUUUUAAAGCUGCAGUCUGUAACUUUUUUGUGUUCAUAAUUUACAAAAUUUAUAUAAUAAGCGAGUACACCAUGAAUCUUCCAGACUGUGUUUUUGGCUUGUCCUGAAUCACUACGUUACACCUAUAAUAAGUGUUUAUAUUGGGACUAUUUUAGACUGGUUCGGGUAGAUACCGCUGCGGAGUAACCCCCGGUACCUGCUUGAUUCGUCAUAGACGUAAACAGAGAGAAGUAGCUCCGGCUACAAUGUUCUUCUGCAAGACGCACGCAGUUCUGUUUAUUAACCGCUAGAGCGCCAAAAGUAAUGGACUGCAGCUUUAAUUCUAUUUUUAAGCUGAACUAAUUCAUCCAUUGUUUCAAUGAGACAUGUAUAAUAGGAGCAUUUUCAAGGGAAUAAACCCAGAAUUUGUGAUGCAUUUGUCUAGACGGUCUCUCAGACAAACCUGUUUCUUCACAUUUCUGUAUCUAAAAAAUUCUGGGUUAAAUACAACCCAGCGCUGGGUAAAAUAUGGACGCACCCAGCGAUUGGGUUGUUUAGACCCAGCGGUUGGGUUAAACAUUUAACCCAAUUAUUGGUUGAAAACAACCCAAUCGCUGGGUUUGUCCAUAUUUUACCCAGCGCUGGGUUGUAUUUAACCCAGCAUUUUUUAGAGUGUACUUCCAUUGUCUUCUCUUUCCUCCCAAAGUUAAUGAAUCGAAAUGCAAAUAAUAGUCAAUAGUCUGGUCUUUCUAAUGUUAUACUGAGCAUUUCUACACUAGUACUGGACAUUAUGACAUAAUCAUGCAGUAUAUUAAAAGUAUAGUUCGCCCAAUUUAAAAUCCUGUAAUUAUUUACUCGCAAAAGCUGACUUUUUUUAUCUGCAGAACACUGAAUAAGAUUUUAAAGAACAGCUUUGUGACAACAUGAGAGUGAGUAAAUGAUGAAAGGCCACCCAGAUGUAGUUUGUUUCUUCAACCGAACAGAUUUGGAGAAAUUUUUCAUUACAUCGCUUCAGAAUGAAGUGCGGUUAGAAUUAGAGUUCUGACAAAAACAUCACAAGUAAUCCAUAAGAAAUCCACAGCCCAUCAAUCAAUGUCUCGUGAAGCAAAAAGUUGCAUGUUUGUAAUAAGCAAAUCCAUCAUUAAGAUGUUUUUAACUUCAAAACGAAUAAAUGUUCAGUAAAAUAUUUCAUUUUCGGCUGAAAUGUUCCUUUAAUGCACAAAAACACCACUGCAGUAGCAUAAGAUUGGAAUAACAGAUCUCCCAUGUCGUCAUAGGACGCGAGUUCCUCAUAGUUACCACAUUACCAAAGUAAACCAGUUGUAAUUUUAUUCAGUCUCAGUCGUAACGUGAUUGUGUCUUGUCUGUUCUCCACAGUGUAAGUUAUCGGCAUAGUUUCUAGUGGUUUUAGUUGCUACUGCAUCGAUACUGUGCUGUUCUUAGCUGUACCCAGUGUAUCUGUUAAGAUGACAGUUUUCACAUCGACUCACACAAUGCAGACUUACAUGACUAAGACACCUGCACCCGUACUGUAGGCGUGAGUGUUGAAGUCUUUCCUCAGGGAUUUGUAGAGGGGGUGAUAUUGAGGUUGGUGCUCUCAGAGCAGAGAAAGAGUUUACUUUAAAAAGGAAUUUUUUUUUUUUUUUUUUGAGAACAGUGUUGCAUUUGUAUAAAUUAUCAAGAUUUGUAGCCUUUCUUUCUUCUGUUUUUGUAUAAAGACUGACUUAUGUGCCAGAUAAGACUUUUCCCAAUGUCACGUUUUUCCAUAAUAAAGUACCUGGUGUUCUGC